UCCAGUCAGAUGUUGCAUCUACUAUUAUUUUAGUAGCAGCUCAUCACUCUCUCUCUCGCAUUUAGAGAUGGAUUUCAGAGAUAAGAACUUUUAUCUGCCUAAAAUUGCGUCGUGGGUUCCUGGGCUGCCUCUGAUGAGGCGCAAGAACUCCCCACAAUGGGAUUUCCAUCUGCCCAGUCCACCACCCGCGAAACCUGCUGCUAAAACCACGGGCAGCAGGUUUCCCCGACUGAAGGGUCUAGACUCUAGACCCUUCAGACUCUAGACUCUAGACUCUCCAAAGGAGGAGUUCCCCAAGGCCUCGCUCCAUGCUUGCUCUAGACUCUAGAGCAAGCAUGGAGCGAGGCCUUGGGGAACUCCUCCUUUGGAGAGUUACCUUCAAGGCCCCUCCGUUAUCCACCAACUCCUCCAUCUGAGCCUCUGCCUGUCACUACCGUUCCAGUGGUGGUGAAUAAGCCGACAGCCUACAAUUCACCAGGUAGCAGAAUACCAAUUUUAGACAGGCGGAGGAACCUGAGGCCAGUCCAAGCUGUGGUGCAGCCUGAUAACAAUAUGGCUGCCCACAGCAAGGAGGACAAAGCAGGUCAGGUGCCACCAUCCCUGACCAGCGAGGAUCCCCUCAACAGGCCUGAGGAAGCUCUCGGCCAGGCACUGUGCUUCCUGCAGGAUGAGGAAUGGGAAAGGAAAACCGAGGGACUAUGGCUUGUGCGAGCUCUGGCUGAACAUCACGCUGAUGUGGUGCUGCCGGAGCUCCACUACAUCACCACAGCCGUCAUCGCGGAGGUGAAAAACCUCCGCUCUAUAGUCUCUCGGGGCGCCAUAACAACCAUGGCUCACCUGUUCACUCACCUGCGGCGGGAAAUGGACAGUGAGGUAGAGGGCGCUGCUCGCUCCCUCCUUCACAAGGCUGGGGAGACCAGCCUGUUUAUAAGGCAGGGUGUGGAGCUAGCCCUCGGCACUUUAGUGCACCACUGUUCACCUGGCCGAGUCCUGCAAGGAUUGCUGGCUGGUGGACUGAGGUAAAUGAUUGCUAGUCAAAUCAUUCCUGCCGUCAGCACACUGGCUUUCGAUGCAGCCCAGGAAGUGAGGACCCAUGCCCGAGCCGCUUUGAGAUAUCUGGGCGGCCAUAAGAAGGCUGAGAAUGCGGUGGAGAAAUUUGUAAAUUUAAAAGACCAAUCUGCAGUAAAGCAGCUUCUUAAAUAAUUCAUCUUUUAUUUAUUGUUGUCUGUAGUUGAGAUGUUAUUCAGUGUUGAGCUGUUCAGACUGGGUUUGGGGUGGAAUGCUCUUUUCUGGAGAAGUUUACAGACUCAGAGCUGUUCACAGUGGUGGAGAACAGGAACUACAUCUGAAGAGGUGGAUGAGGCAGCGGCUCCACCUUGCUCUUGCCAGAGGCUCUUUCUUAGAGUGCUGGUAAGUGAGGUAACGCAGUUUCUGGGCUCCUCUAGGGAGGUGGGGUCUCUGCUUGGUGGGAAACGCACCGGCCCUGUGGCAUCAGGGCUUCCCAGUCAACCAGCUGGGAAUGUCCCGCCCCCAAACAAGCCCUGCAAAGCUUGUGAGGGGUUCGCCCAGGACCGGCCGGCGUCCCGCAGUCCACCCUUCAGACGUACGGGUCCCGUCUCCAUCACUGUGAUCAGCUCUGUCGGCUUCUCUGGAACAAAGAAUUUCACACCAAACCCACUCUGAACACCUGAACACUGAAUACAUCUCAACCACAACGAAAAAAAUGACUAAAAUGUACUUAUUUGCUUUUUUUAAGUAAAUUUAAUUUUAGAUACAUUUACGUAACUUCAACUUGGGUUCAAGACUUUAAUGUUGCGUAGGGUAAAGAAGUGGACUGAACUUUUCUUUUAGUGAACUUAUUAAAUACUUUAUGAUGCAUAAUAUAUUAUAAUUCCUGUGUUUUAAAUGUCAGGAAUUAUAAUAUAUUGUGUAUCAAAAAUUAUUUGAGUAAUAUUGUAUGUAGAAAUUAGGUAAAGUUCUCGAAAAGAAAGGAUUGACUGAAGUUUCCACUUUUUUACUGUAUGUAAUAUUUAA